GCGAAAGCAGCCCUCGCUUGGCGGGUGGGCUCCUGCUAGCGCAGUCGGCCAGCAAGGCCCCGGGCGUGCGAAUGCGGCGGCCGCCGCCCCGAGGCUCCACGACGGCCCCAGGACGCGAAGGCGAAGCACGAGGCCCGAGAAAGCGAGGCCGUGGGCUCGGCGAGGCAGGAGGCUACGGCCUUGAGACCAGGGGGCGCGAGGAGAGCAGGCAGAAGAGGAGAAUGGUGGCCCGGGCCUCUAGGAGAGCAGAGGCGGAAAAUGACCAGACCGGGGAGGCUUCCAGGGCUGGUAAGGCCGGGAGGCGGCGAGGAGAGGGACGGCGGUGCCCCGUGGGCCCGUCGAACGGUCAGGACAUCGAAGCAGUGAAGGAGGCGGAGCUCCCCUUGCAGUCUGGAAGACCUGCCAAGGAAAAAAGAAAAGUUACCGAAGCCUCAAGUGAUGAUUCACAGCCAGGGAUUGACCUGGUAAGAAAGGAAUCAUUAACCAGUUCGGAAUCUUUCCAAACAGUGGAAUGCAGUGAAUUUCAAAAUAUGGCUUUGUUGCAGUCUUUGGCUAAGGAAGGUUUGGUAGAAAGUAUUAAAAGAAGAAUUCAAAUUAAAAAACAUGAAAGUUUAGAAAGCUCACCUCUCAAAAUAACAGAUAAUGAGGCUACGCAAAAUAUUAAGGUUGAAUUCCAAGAUGAACUGUACAAGAGUACUUCAGAAUAUUCUUGUAACAGCUUGUCACCUGGAGUAGAAAAUAAUCUUAUUUUAAAAUUACAUGAGUGCAAUUGUUUUCCCCAUUCCAAGGAUUGUUAUAGUGAAAACAAUGAAAACAACUUUGCACUUAAACCUGAUGGUGGAUGUAUACAUGUAGCAGAAAAUUCCUCGAAGUUAAAGAAAGAAAACCUUAGGAAUCCUUCAGGAAAAAGUGAUGCAAAUAGUAUUCCUACUCUCUUACAAACUGAAGAAAACUUAAUGGGAGUAAAUAACUUACUGCUUGAAGAAAGUGAUUUAUACCAAAGUAAAAAUAAUGGUUUUCAAAGUGAAAAAAAUAAAUAUUUGUCAGAGGAGAGCAAUGGUGGCAGAAAACCCAGAAAAAAGAUGAAGUUGUUUGAUAAAGGAGAACCAGUUAGUGAGAUGGAUUUCUCUAAUAUGUCUAACAAGUCUGAGUUGAUAUUGCAAGAAAACCAAAUGAGUACAGAUGGGAAAGAAGCAGAGACAUUAGAGGCAAGCGAAAGUCCUUUAAAAGGACUUAAUAUACUCUCUCCAAUGGAUCAUUUAUUAAGUCUGCCAGAAACUGCAGGAAGAAAACCAAGUCCUGGACAUCAUGUAAAUGCUAUGUUUCAGAAAACUCUUGAACCAUUUUUGAAAGAAGAAACAACGCCUACCUUAGAGUCCUUAAAUUAUAAAAACAUGGAACCCAAAGAGUAUUCUAAAUCAAUGACAGGCUCUCUAGUGAUAUUGCCUAGUGAUGGCCAUGAUACCGAAAAGAGAUCUUCCCGGGAAGAUUUGAGAGACAAAGGUGAAGAAUCAAAGGUAAGCUGUCGCAGAACAACACCAAUGACUGGUAAAAGAAUUUGGCCUUAUUAUUCAUGUGCUAGAAUAUCUGCCCAGUGUUGGAAAAAGGCUUCCUUGCCAGGCUCAAAUUACUUAUUUCCUGGGUCUCAGGAAAAUUUUGGGCAAGAUGAUUUUCUUAAACACCAAACAACAAACCAAACUCAUUUAACUGACUCCAAAUUUUUGUUACAAAAUUCCUUACCAGAAAAAAAAAUUGAAUCCUCAACUAAAGAAAAACUGGAUUCUAAUUUAAAUUGUUUGUCUUCAGUUUUAGAACCUACUUUGAUGGUUUUAAAGGAACCUAUAAUCAAGAAUGAUAAAAGGAUAAAGUCAGAGGAACUGAGCAGAAAUGGGUCAGAGGUAGUUUCUAAUACUACUGAAGAUACUCAGUUAACUAAUGUGAUUCAGAGCUUAACGGGAAAUAAAAAAAGAGGAAAUUUAACAAAACCUAAUUUGACAAUGGCUUCCCAGGAUGGCCAGGAAGUAAAUAACUCUGCAAGCAAAACUAUCCAUCGCAGAGCCUGCAUUACUAAGCAAACACUUGUGGUUCCAGACUUGGUUAAAAUAUUAAACACAGGACGGCUGACUAAUUUUAAAAUUCCUUUACUUAAGAAUAAGACAGAAAAAAGAAAAAUAAAUGCCAGGUCUUCAGAGAGAGAAGCUUACAGUCCCCUAAAAGUUCUUGACAAUUUAUCUGACUCAGAGGUAAAACAAAAUAGGAAUAAAAAUGUCUCCACAGCAACAUCAGAACGUCAGUCUUUGGGUAUACAAAAUGGUGUGACUCCAGGGCAAGCUAAUUCUGACUCAUUCUACAAUAAGAAUCCCUGUAGUAUUCCUCCAAGCUUUACGAAGCAAGGUGAUGAUGAUAAACCAUCCAAUUAUAUUUCUGAACUAGGCAAUAUUGUUUCCAAUAAGGAACCUGUUUCUUUCAUGAUUGAAAAUAAUACUUUUUCUUGUGGUCCUGGGUUUAUAGAGGAAAGUUCCUUCUGCUCUAAGGAACAAGAAGUAUUUGAACCAAUUUCCUCUGAAAUUAGUGGUAGAAAAAUGACUAAGAGCAUUUCAAAAAUCAAAGUGGAGUUUCCAGAUAUUCUUAAGGCUUAUGAAGAUGAUGUUCUCUUAAUUGAUGUAAUUCAAGAUGACCCAGACCUCUUUGGAGUCUCCAAUGAAGGGGAGCUCUCAUCUGCCUCAGAGAUCCCUAAGAUAAGCCAGGAGCCCAAUGUUGCAGAAGAGCACCACUCAGCAGACUCCAAGCACAUGGAACUUCCAGAAAAAAACCAAUUGGGUGAUUUGAGAGAACUGCCUGUACUGGACCUUGGAAUGACAAAGUCAGAGAUCUGUUCUUCCCUCUUGGCAGCAAAUGAGAUGCAGCAUGAUUCCAAAGGUGCAAGCAUUUCCUUAGAAGUUACUAACGAGACCUCCGAAAACGAAAAACUGGAAGAUCUCGGUGAACAAAUAAAAGUUUCAGACUUGGAUGAAAAGUGUAGAGUUUCAGAUAAGGCGACUAACAAAGAAGAAAAAGAAAGUACUUACGAAGCUUGUAAAAGCACAGAGUCUAGAAAUGCAGAGAUAAUGACUGCUGAAUGUCAAUUAGCAGCACUGGGCACCAAACCUCUGUGCUUAUCAUUGCCUCCUUUGAAUCUGGGUGGUCAAGAAGACAUAAUACCGAAGCCCUGGAUGAAUGAUUUCAGAUUUCCAGGAAAACAUUCUGUCCUAAGGCUGCAGAAUCCUGACACUUGUGAAAUAUUUAAAAGGGAUAAAAAUGCAGGGGUGUUCCAGAAGCCCUUAGGGUUGAUGAUACCCCAUAGAUAUUGCAAGUUUCAUUUUAAUACAUUACGUGGCUGUGAGAGAUUGCAAUGCAAGUUUGCUCAUGUGCCUGAACAAGGGAAUGAAAAGGUUUGCAUGGACGUAUUUAGGAAAUAUAUAAGUAUCAAUGAGCUGUGUUUGCUACAACGUGCAGUAAAUAUAUUUAUGGAAUACUACAGAAAGUUUCCUCCAGGUAUACAUUUUGACUUACAAGUGCUGAAUGAUCUUCUAAUUUCUUUACUCAAACAUUGUUUACUAAAAGAAGUGUUUCAGGUAGUGAACCUCAGCAUAAUGAUUAAAAUGCUGCCUGCUCUGAAAAUAUUACUAAAAAUAUUUGAGCAUGUGGCAACUAUGAAAUUAAGGACUGCUGUACCUGCUUUAGUUGAUAUCUUUUGCAAGCUUGUUGAAGCUGGAAUGAUGCUUGACCCAGAGCACUUUAACUAUAUCGUUAAGCUUUUAUAUCAAGUACAGGCUUCCAAACAAGAAAUAACUGCAGUUCUGGAAAUCAAAUCCAGGUUACAGAAGAGGCAAUUUAAAAAGAACUGGAAGUAUGAUUUAGAUUCAGCCUUGAAUGAAAUAGAGAAUUGUAAAGAAAAAGGUGACUGGACCAAAUUGGGAAAUUUAUACAUUAGUGUAAAAAUGGGCUGUGAAAAAUUUGCAGAUUUCCAGAAAUUUUGUACUUGUAUUGCUGAAACACUCACAAAAGACUGUAAAGAAGAAAGACCAGGUGUUCCUUUUUGUGAAUUUGCUGAAACAGUUAGCAAAGAUCCACAAAAUAGUGAAGUAGAUAAAACUUUGCUGGGAAGAAUUGGAAUCAGUGCUAUGUACUUCUAUCACAAGCUAUUGCAGUGGUCCAAGUUUUCGGCGGACACAACAUCUUUGUAUGUGGUGCUGAGGAUCGAACCCAGGCCACAUGCAUGCCAGGCGAGCGCGCUACCACUUGAGCCACAUCCCCAGCCCCAAGAAGACACUUUCUGAAAACUUUUUUUAGCGAAAAUUCAAGAGUAUAUUUUUAUUUCUUGGGUUAUUAUUUCUUAAGACAUCAAGAUGUCAGUGAAUUUUUGUUAAUUAAAAAUGUUUACCUUAUUUAGAAAAAUUAUCACCUUAUUUAGUAUGAAGCCUAUUUCUUUUAAUGAAGCUUAUUCCUUUUUUAACAUAAAGCAAUAAAUGGCCUGGAGAUGUCACUUAGUGUCAGAGUAUACAUUUAGUAUGCUCAAGGCCCUUUUUCAGUUCCCAGUACUUCAGGAAAAAUGUUGAAAUUAAACUAAAGUUAUCAUGAAAAAAUGUAUUAAUUUAUUCAGUCAAAUUGAAGGUACAUUGACAUCAUUAGUAAGCAUCUGAAUAUAAAAACAAGUGUUGCAAAAUUGUACCUGCAGCCUACUUUCGUGGAGCCCCCAAGCUAAGAAUGUUUUUUUCAUUUUUAAAAGUUAAAAACAACCAUUAAAAAGAAUGUACAAUAGACCAAAUGUGUUCUGCAAAGCCUAAUAUAUUUACUUUGUAGCUGUUUACAGGAAAGUUUUCUAGCUGCUGGUAUAAAAUAAUAAUGUGUGUCCACUUCCUAAUACCCAAAAUGAAGACAGUUUUAUUGUAGAAUAUGUGAAUUUUUUUAUUGAAUUGAGGACUUUUUUCUAACAGUUAUCCUUUUUCCCCCACUAUCACUCUUUAUCUAAAUUUGAUAACAAAAUAUCUUCCUUUAUAUUCUCUCUCCCCGUCAGACUGGUCAACAAAACAGAAGUAAAACUAUAUAAUCAGUAGUUUUCCAAGGAAAGCAUGAAAUCCUUUCAAAUGAGAUUUUGAGAGGAAGCGUAUAUAAAACAGUAGAAAGGAAAACCGCUGAUAAAGGGGGGUGCCCAGUGGUAGUAAGAGGGUAGGUAGUAUAUGACAAAGGCCUGCUUAUUCCACUUCCCUUUCCAUCUUUAGGGCUCAGCAGGAAGGGGCUUCCAGAAUUAGUCUUGGAGCAGUUUGGCAACCAUCAGUCUAGGAUGAUAAAUCAAAAUGGAUAAUUGCCUUCUGCAUGAUUACCAUUGACUUUGUAUCUCUCUAAUACUAUAAUUGAUACUCAAUUAGUGUUCUUUAUUUUCACUCUAGGGAAGGAAGGUCUUAGAUAAACUAUAUGAAUUAAAAAUACAUUUUACAAGUUUAAAAGGACUUACAGGGCCUGAGAAGUUAGCACCAAGAUGUCAGAUUGUGAAUAUUGCAGCAGAAAUUUUUCUAA